AGGGGGAGGCAGGCUCUAAAGCUGUCCAAAGGGAUGACAACGAUUAGUGGAAGGCAACUGUGGUCUGGUACAGUCUGGUACCGUACCGUCUGGUACCGUACCGUCUGCUACCGUCUGGUACCGUACCGUCAGAGGAGACCACUGAACUUCUCACCUCAACUGCCAUAAUGUCUACAUAUAUCAGACAAUACAUUAAUUACAUACCUGAUGUGUGACUAAGUAACAAUAUGUAUCUAUAUAUGUGCAUUAUAAAUCUAUGUAUAGAUGUGUGAAAAGAGCAAGCCACACACGUGCACGCUCAUCCUGAAGAUCCUUGAACAGUCGAAGCGUCUUUGUUUAUCAAGGGAGUGGCGAGUUGACAUUGGUCCAGGGACUUUCUCAAGUAACAAAGCAUACAAAUUUAGAUUUUUCUUACGUAGACCCAGGGCCGGCCCAAUUCUGCUUAAGGCCCCUUAAAGGCUUGGGCCGGCCCUGCACAGACCCAGCUCUAUCCUCCUCUGAGGAAGAUCCAUUAGCCUACAGUUCCCGGCAUCCCACCUCACGCUCUUAUAUUUAUUCAUGAAGCGCUUCUGCAGUGAUCCGCUGGAUAUUGAUGUGUUUUAAGGAGGUGUCCCUCCUCCCUCCAUCCUCUCUCCUCCCACUCCGCUGUGUUCCAUAGGGGCUCAGCGCGCUCAGAUGCGCUCAGCGUUCAGCGCGAGAGACGAUAGAAAACCCUGAUGGCCACCAGCGCGAGGGAAUGCGCUAACCAGACGACUAGCGCGCGCUCCCAUCGCAGCCUCUGCUCGAAUGUGAUGGUCCUCUAGCGAAGACAGAAUCAGCUUUUGGAAUAGCGCAUUGUUUUUAUUUUGCUGUCCAUUCAACACCAGAGUAGGUGAUGAUGCAUCUGCGAUGGUGGGCUUCGCUUUUGUGCGCCUCUGGACUGAUACACGUCGUUGUCUCCACCAAUCCUCAUCGAAACGGAGACGCCUUGUCGAACGCGAAGGCUCUUCGUGAUGCGAGCAGGUUCGUCGGGAAGGAGGACACGGUGCCGCUGCGCCUGCUUUACAGCAUGCACAACCACAGCCAAGUCAUGCACGAUGUCCUCAACACGAGACUGAAAGCCAGUUCCGGCUCCAUACAGGUGAACCAUGUGGCCCAAGCCAGCUUCCAAGUGGACGCUUUUGGUCAGAAGUUUAUCUUGGAUGUGGAACUGAACCAUGACCUCCUGUCUUCACAGUACCUGGAGAGGCACAUCUCAGAAAGUGGGAAGGGCAGUCAGCUCCAAGGGAACGGAACACUGUUACUAUCACGGGAAAGUGCGGGACAUUCCAGAUUCCUUCGUGGCUCUGUCUACCUGCCAUGGGCUUCAUGGGAUGUUCUUCGAUGGGAAUCACACCUACAUGAUCGAGCCUGGAGGAGACGGCAGGAGUACUGAAGACGUCCAAAUCCACAUGAUUUAUAAAUCGGCUGGCCAGGAUGGUUUUGCUGACUUCCUCCCUAAUGGAGAGCACCCAGAACCCCCCUUCCCCAGCCCCCCAUUUCCUGGGUCAAGGGUCAUCCACAGGAGGAAGAAAAGACAGGCUCCUCACGUGUCCCACAGUGAGGAGGAGGAGGCUAAAUACAUCGAGCUGAUGGUGAUCAACGACCACCUGAUGUAUAAGAAGCACCGGCUCUCAGUUGGCCAGACGAAUAACUACGCUAAGUCCGUGGUCAAUAUGGCUGACAUGAUCUUCAAGGAGCAGCUGAACACUCGCAUCGUGCUCGUCGCCAUGGAAACGUGGGCGGCCGACAACAGGUUCAACAUCGAUGACGACCCCAUGGUGACGCUGAGGGAGUUCAUGAAGUACCGGCGAGAUUUCAUCAAGGAGAAGUGUGACUCUGUGCACCUGUUCUCUGGGAAUCGUUUCCAUAGCAGCUGGGGUGGGGCUUCCUAUAUGGGCGGAGUCUGCUCCCUGACCAAAGGGGGAGGAGUCAACGAGUACGGCAAGACAGAUGAGAUGGCCAUAACCCUAGCCCAGUCGCUUGGGCAGAAUGUUGGCAUCUUUUCAGACAAGAAAAGGAUCCUUAAUGGCGAGUGCAAGUGUGAUGACCGUUGGUCUGGCUGUAUCAUGGAUGAUGUUGGCUUCUACCUGCCGAAGAGGUUCUCUGACUGCAACGUGGAGGAAUAUCACAACUUCCUCAACAGUGGAGGUGGAGCCUGUCUGUUCAACAAGCCUCUGAAGCUAUUGGAUCCUCCAGAGUGUGGGAACGGCUUUGUGGAGCCGGGGGAGGAGUGUGACUGUGGGAGCCCUGCGGAGUGUCUCAGGGAGGGAGACAGCUGCUGUAAACAGUGCACCCUCACUCACGGCUCCAAGUGUAGUAACGGACUCUGCUGCAACAACUGUCAGAUGGAGUACAUGGGAGUGGUGUGCCGGGAGGCGGUGAAUGAUUGUGACAUCCCAGAGAACUGCACCGGGAACUCCAGCCAGUGCCCCCCGAAUGUGCACAAGAUGGACGGCUACAGCUGUGAAAAGGACCAGGGCCGUUGCUUCAACGGGAGGUGCAAGACCAAAGAUAGACAGUGCAAAUACAUUUGGGGCGAGAAGGCGACGGCAGCAGACAAGUUCUGUUACGAGAAGCUGAACAUUGAGGGCACGGAGAAGGGCAACUGUGGGAAGGACAAGGACACCUGGAUCCAGUGUAAUAAGCAAGACGUGCAUUGUGGGUACCUGCUGUGCUCCAACAUCUCUCCGGCGCCCCGGCUGGGGGAGCUGCAGGGGGGGCUGACGUCGUUUUCUGUGGCCCAGCACAGUGCUUCCCUCGACUGCAGCGGGGGACAUGUGAUGAUCGACGGGGACAGUGACCUGGGCUACGUGGAGGAUGGCACGGCCUGUGGGACCGACAGGAUGUGCUUUAGCCACAGGUGUCUCCCUGUGCAGCAGUUCAACUUCAGCACCUGCCCUGGGACCAGCGACAAGAGCAUCUGUUCUGGACAUGGGAUCUGCAGUAAUGAGCUGAAGUGUGUGUGUCACCUGGGCUGGGCUGGGGAGGACUGUAACUCCACCUCUCCCCUCAGCUACCUGGUGGUGGGUCCCACCCCCUCUGCUACAGGUAUCACCAGCACCAACAUCAUCAUCGGGGCCAUCGUUGGUUCCAUCAUCUUCCUGGCUGUGGUGCUGGCCUUAACUGCCUGGGGCUACAAGAGCUACAGACAGAGAUGCUACGCAGAGUCAGAGGUGCACAGAAGAUUCUGCCGACAAAUGCCCCCAGGAGAUUACGUGAAGAAGCCUGGGGAUGCAGACUCCUUCUACAGCGACAUGCCCCCUGGGGUCAGCACUCACUCAGGCUGCAGCUCCAAGAAGAGGUCUGCCUGUCUGUCUCACCUGCAGAUAUACACCCGCUCCUUCACCCCCUCCAUCCCCUCCAUCUCUCAGAACAUCUCUCUGUUCGGCUUCAGAUCUAAUGGGCUGUCCCACUCUUGGAGUGAGAGAAUCCCUGAUGCCAAACACAUCUCUGACAUCUGUGAGAACGGACGACCAAGGAGCAACUCGUGGCAAGGACAUCUGAGUGGCAAUCGCAAGAAGCUGAAAGGGAAGAGGUUCCGUCCUCGUUCAAACUCCACAGAAACGCUGUCCCCUGCCAAGUCUCCCACUUCCUCCACGGGGUCCAUUGCGUCCAGUCGCAGGUACCCCUACCCCCUGCCUCCCCUCCCUGACGACCAGAGGAAGGCUAACAGGCAGAGUGCUAGGCUGUGGGAGACUUCAAUAUAAGAGUCCUGAUGUUGACUCUGCAGAAGUACUUAGGAACUACAUUUUCGUCUGCUUUUCUAUGAACUGAAAACAAAACACACAAAAAAUCUCACAAAAUUUACACAAAAUGAUAAAAAAUAGACCACCUGGUUGGGGCAUGGAAGAGGUGUGUAAGCGAGGCCCUCAGAGCCAAGCAUGCUCCAGGGUUCACCCAGCAGCCUAGCUAUGCUCCAGGGUUCACCCAGCAGCCAAGCUGUGCUCUGGAUGUCACCCAGCAGGCUAGCUGUGCUCCAGGGUUCACCCAGCAGCCUAGCUGUGCUCUGGAUGUCACCCAGCAGCCUAGCUGUGCUCUGGGUGUCACCCAGCAGGCUAGCUGUGCUCUGGAUGUCACCCAGCAGGCUAGCUGUGCUCUGGGUGACACCCAGCAGGCUAGCUGUGCUCUGGAUGUCACCCAGCAGCCUAGCUGUGCUCUGGAUGUCACCCAGCAGGCUAGCUGUGCUCUGGAUGUCACCCAGCAGGCUAGCUAUGCUCUGGAUGUCACCCAGCAGGCUAGCUGUGCUCUGGGUGACACCCAAAAGCCUAGCAUGCUAUAGGGGUUCACCCAGCAGGCUAGCUAUGCUCUGGGUGUCUCAGCAGGCUAGCUGUGCUCUGGGUGUCACCCAGCAGGCUAGCUGUGCUCUGGAUGUCACCCAGCAGGCUAGCUGUGCUCUGGAUGUCACCCAGCAGGCUAGCUGUGCUCUGGGUGACACCCAAAAGCCUAGCAUGCUAUAGGGGUUCACCCAGCAGGCUAGCUAUGCUCUGGGUGUCACCCAGCAGGCUAGCUGUGCUCUGGAUGUCACCCAGCAGGCUAGCUAUGCUCUGGGUGUCACCCAGCAGGCUAGCUGUGCUCUGGAUGUCACCCAGCAGGCUAGCUAUGCUCUGGGUGUCACCCAGCAGGCUAGCUAUGCUCUGGAUGUCACCCAGCAGGCUAGCUAUGCUCUGGAUGUCACCCAGCAGGCUAGCUGUGCUCUGGAUGUCACCCAGCAGGCUAGCUGUGCUCUGGGUGACACCCAAAAGCCUAGCAUGCUAUAGGGGAUUACCCAGCAGGCUAGCUUUGCUCUGGAUGUCACCCAGCAGGCUAGCUGUGCUCUGGAUGUCACCCAGCAAGCUAGCUAUGCUCUGGGUGUCACCCAGCAGGCUAGCUAUGCUCUGGGUGUCACCCAGCAGGCUAGCUAUGCUCUGGAUGUCACCCAGCAGGCUAGCUAUGCUCUGGAUGUCACCCAGCAGGCUAGCUAUGCUCUGGAUGUCACCCAGCAGGCUAGCUAUGCUCUGGAUGUCACCCAGCAGGCUAGCUAUGCUCUGGAUGUCACCCAGCAGGCUAGCUGUGCUCUGGAUGUCACCCAGCAGGCUAGCUGUGCUUGGAUGUCACCCAGCAGGCUAGCUGGCUCUUUACACAGGAGCUAAGAUCCGCUCCAGAUCCAGAACACAACAUCUAUCUGGCUCCACAUCGCUCCCAACAAGACCACACAACCUUUCCCCCCAACCACCCUUACCUACCCUCUCUAGCAACAACCCUGACCCCUCUCUAGCCCCAACCCUGACCCCUCU